AUGGGAUGCGUCAACUCAAUUCGGAUAAUGGACGCCGAUGCUGCGACAAAUGAGGUGGACAAGCAGCUAGAGGAGCUUGCCUUAGCAGAUCAGCGGCACGUCAAGGUGUUACUCCUGGGUGCAGGAGAGUCGGGGAAGAGCACCGUCGUCAAGCAGGUGAAGAUGAUAUACAAGGGCGGGGUAUCGAAGAAGGAGAAAGACGACUACGCCAGAGCGAUCAGACGAAACGUCAUCGAGAGCAUGCAGACUCUGAUUGACACGCUCGGGACGCUCGGAUUAGCGCUGAAAGGUGACGAUCAGGAAGGGCUCAAGGCUGCUAAGGAAAAUAUUGCCUUGUUGACUCCCGAAGACACCCUGACCCCGGAGAUAGCGGAGGAUGUGUCCAAGCUAUGGGCUGACGAGGGAAUGCAGGAGCUAUGGAGUAGAAGGUCGGAGUUCUGGGCUCUUGACGCGACGCCCUACUACCUGCAGGAGGCACGUCGAUUGGCAGAUCCGGAGCUAGAGGUUACCGACGAGGACAUGAUAAUGACUAGGACCAGGACAACGGGAAUUAUCGUUACCGAGUUUUCGGACAAUCCGUACACGUACUCGCUUGUAGACGUUGGGGGACAGCGGAGCGAGCGGCGAAAAUGGAUGCACUGCUUCGACGACGUGAAGGCGAUCGUGUUUCUCGUGGGGUUGAGUGGUUACCACCAGGUGUUGUUCGAGGACAACUCGGUCAACCGGAUGCAGGAAUCGUUGGAGCUCUUCACCGAAGUAGCGGGGAACCCAAUAUUCGAGAAGACGCCAAUUUUCGUCUUUUUGAACAAGAAAGAUCUCUUCGAGGAAAUGAUCGUAACGAAGAGCCUCAAGAAGUGCUUCCCGGAGUAUGAUGGGCCAGACGGAGAGGCCAUGCCAGCUUUGAGGUUUAUUGAACAGAAGUAUAAGCAGGCAAUGCUGAGCAAGGUCCCGGGGAAGGACGUCACUGUGCACAUUAUCGCGGCAAGAGUUAGAAUGGACAUGAAGAUCGCUUUUGGGGAGGUGAAGGACGAGAUUCGGCGCUCCUUCGACUCGAAAUCGGCUGGACGCAAGAAGUCAUUUUCGAAGCUGGGCUCGCCUAGAGCAGCGAUAGAACGGCUCCAGAAAAUUGGUUCCCCGCUAAAUUCAAGAUAA